AUGGUGGAGUCGCAGCCGGGGAAGCGCAGGCGGGUGGAGGAGACGGACGAAGACACGGCAAACAAGGGCACGACGGGCAAAGACAAGGACACGACGGACGAGACGGAGGAGGCGCCAGACAAGGGCAAGACAAACGAGGCAAAGGAAACAGAGGAGGCGCUUAACAAUGACAAAGCAGACGAGACGGAGGAGGCGGAGGAGGCGGAAGAGGUGGAGGAGCCGGCAAACGAGGAGGAGCCGGCAAACGCAACGGAGGAAGCGCCGCCAAGCACAGCGGAAAAGGCGCCACCAAACGAGGAGGAGGAGGAGGCAGAUGAGAAGGAGCCGCCGGCGGAGGAGGAGCCGCCAGUGGAGGAGGAGCCGCCAGUGGAGGAGGAGGAGCCGCCGGCGGAGGAGGAGGAGCCGCCGGCGGACGCAAUGGACGCGCCGCCAGACGAAAUAGAUGAGGCGCCAGACGAGGAGGCGGCGCCAGACGAGGAGGCGGCGCUAAACGCAACGGAGGAGGCGCUGUCAAACGGGGAGGAGGCGGGCGAUAAGAAGGAUGAGGCAGACAAGGAGGAUGAGGCAGACGAGGAGGAUGAGGCAGAUGAGGAGGAGCCGCCGCCAGAUGCGGAGGCACAAGAUGAUGAUGCGCCGCCAGACGAAACAGAGGAGGCGCCAAACGAAGAUGCGCCGCCAGAUGCGGAGGCACAAGUAGCGGCAGCAGCAGCAGCAGCAGCAGCAGCACCAUCCCCCGAGGCGCCUGCGGCCGUGGCUGCCACCGCCGCCGCUACGCACGCCCCGCCCCUGCCCCGCGGCCGGCGCAAAAACCAGAAGAUACUCAAGUCCGCAAAGGCAGUGGCGGCAGCAGCAGCAGCAGCACUGGAAGCGCGUGGAGCGCGGCUUAGAACGAUGCGGCCCCGGAAUGCCGAUGGGAAUGCGGUGACCUCUUUCACUCGAAGAUGAUACGGCUCAAAGGGGCAUGUCCUACCUAAUCGAGACAGGAGAGGGCUCGUGCUUUGCGGUCCUUUGCUGCCCAUUGCGGUCCUUUGUUUCGACGCUUUUUUUUUUUUUUUCUU